AUGACGAAUUGGUUCGAAUACGAAUCAGGGCAUGCAUGGUGUGAAAGCGCCUACAAAUAUCAGACCUUGCCCAUGGUAGCCGAAUUCGCUAAUACGAUGACUAACCUUCCGAUUAUUGUUUUGCCGAUGUUAAAUGCCAUGAUGUUACGACGGUACAUUAGAGAGGUGAACCCUGGUCUACUCAUACCUCAGCUGCUUCUCUCAUUCAAUGGAUUGGCCUCCACAUAUUAUCAUGCGACUUUGAAUCUGUUUGGUCAACUGGUUGACGAGCUUUCAUUAGUAUGGAUUAUCAACAUAUUUCUCGUCGUUUAUAUUCCUGUCAUGAAAUGGUUCCCAAAGAGAUUCAAUGAGAGACUAACCAUACUACGGCGAACGGUCGUCGUAUUGACAGCAAUUUUCUCGGGUCUAUGCUUUUUGAAACCAACCUUGAAUGCUAUUGCCUUGAUGCUGUUCUCCGUUCCAGCCGCUCUUGUAAUAGACUACGAAGGCAGGCACUCGGGAAUUCCGGACAUCGAAAAUUUUCCGCGGCGAAUUCUCCUCCUGUGGUUCACAUCAUUCAGUUUCUGGUUUGCUGACCGACUUUUUUGCGACGUUUGGCUCUGGCUAGGUGCUCCAUAUCUACAUGCGCUCUUCCAUUUGCUAGCGGGCCUUGCUGGUUAUACAGUAUUUGUAAUGUUCUCUAUGAUUGAUAUCGAGACAAGGAAUUCAUGUCACAGGUUCACUGCAGCAGUCCGGUACUUUCCGCACAAGACCGGAUCUCUACUUUCGUUUCCUUACAUAUCCCUCAGAGAAAAGAGCCGUUGA